AUGCCGAUCAAGUCAUUAGAAUCCUACCUCUUCGAACGGUCACUUGUUGGCUCCGCUCCAAUUGAAUCCUUGAAUGCUAUUACGCUGGGUAUUGAUGUGGACCAUUAUGUUUCAAGGUUGUUAACCAACAAGCGCGAACAGUACUUGGAUGCUAUCGGAGGUAUUCCAAGUAGUUUAAAGAUGUAUAUCGAAUCUGACUUGCAAAUUUUCCAGGAAAACAACGUUGUACCGGUCUUCAUUUUCUCAGGAUCUCCAGUUUCAAAUCAGUUACAGUAUCAAUCUUACAAGACUUCUGGUGACGGCGCAUCAGGGAUGAAUCAGACUCCAUCGGGACAGAAAAAUGCUUAUGAAAUUGUAGUUGCACAAAGAAAUAAAGCGUGGGCCCACUGGAUUAAUUUAAUGAAUAACAAUAAGUCGACUUAUAUCGAUCAGCCUUUAUCCCCUGGUGAAUCUUUCAGGCAUAACUUUGCAUUAAAUUCCAAGAGGUUCCAGGCCGAUCUAAUUAAAUAUUUUAUCUCAAAAGACAUUGAUUUUAUGGUGGCGCCAUAUUGUUCCUGGAUUCAACUAUCAUACCUGUUAGCUGAGAGCUGUGUUGAUGCCAUAUAUGGGCCUACUGAUUUGCUAAUGGUUGAGGCUGUUCCCAAGUUUAUCCUAGGUAUGGAAUUUCCUAACAAAGAAUUUAGGUUUAUUGACCGGAGCCGGAUCUUGAAUGAGUUUAAGUUGAACUUUGAGGAUUUCCUUGACAUCUGCAUGGCCGUAGGCAAUGAACUACAGCCUUACACUUUACCUCCUUUACAGGUUUAUCCUCAGCAGCAAGCAUUCGAAAUAGCACAAGAUAUGAGCGUGAACGGUGGAACCAAUUUUCACACUUACUUGCUUACAAACCCAGUACAAGUUGAUGCUGCGAAGUGGUUAACUCUGUAUCAAAAGGGUGUAGCUGCUUUGAAAUAUAUGCCAGUGUUGAAAACAAACGGUAGGGUAGAAAUAUUUGGUUACGAUGAAAUAGCGUUGAACAAUAAAGACAAUCAAGAAAAGGCUGAGAUCCCGAAUGAUAUUCAUGAUUUCAUUCAGCAGCGCCUACCACAUGAGUAUAACUUCUACAGGUCAAUUGGCUUGGUUAGCAGCAAGUUGCUAGAUCUCAUAUCCACAGGUAUAUAUGCCGAGUAUCCUCCGCUGGAUGGGGGGUCUUCAGAUUCAUACAGAAAUUUGGUUAAAAAAUCCGUUGACGAAUUUAAAAAUAAAGAAAUAAACUUAUUGACACAACCAAUCAAUAGAUAUUAUCAGAUAAAGCCAAUUAAGCAUGUUAAGUGGUUUAGUUCUGGUGAUGAUGUCACCUUAUUAAAUCGAGUAACACCAUCGAUAUAUGAUAGAAUCAAGUCUAUCUACGUCCGAACCAAUGAUAAAGCAAAACCUUUUUCUAUUCCCGAAUUUGUUCGGGUGCUUUCUAAAUCGAAAGACUUAACUCAAGAUUUUACGGUAGAAUCAAAGAAACCAGUUCAGGUUAUCGGUAAAUUAACAGUUCCUUUUGAUUUGUUGGCUACAAAUUUCCUACGAUUUCUUUAUCUAUUGGGCUUUUUUGAGCAUGAUAAUGGUCUCCAACCAACCCCUUACGGCAAAGUUUUAUUAAAGUUUGGUGAGCUUGGUAUCAACGAAAGUUUUUAUGAAAUGUAUUUAGUGCUGUUGAUGUUCUUCAAAAUUGAUGUAUUGAAAUUGAGCGAAGAAACACGUCCACCAACACAGUCUGCCCUCUCUCAAGCCACUCUACGCUCAUAUCCAAAAGAAUCUCUAUGCAUUCUUGCAUUAACGCGUGUGUUAACCCUAUUUCAGCUGAAUCAGAAGCCUUCUAAAUACUAUGGUCCAAUAGAUAAAAAGACUCUAAUCUUUAGAGAGUAUCUGGAUUAUAUCAAGCAAAACAUGUCCGAAUUAUUUGAAGCUGUUCUAGUUAGCUCUUUAGCCACUUCGGAAUUCGACAGAUUAUCUCUGGAUAACUCGGGAUGGCAGCAUAAAAUCGUCAAUCACAUCCCAUUCAAACUGUCCACACCUAAUACCGUAAUGGCUAUGAUCUGGGAGUUUUAUUUACAGAAAUGGCUUCAUAAUGGUCAGGAUAAACAAGAUGCCCUGGCAUUAGUUGCCAAUGCCUUCUCCACUCACAAGUAUGUUACAAACUUGGCAGAAGAGCUUGAAAGAGCUUCAAACUAUUUAAAAGAUGUUGGUGUAAUUUUCGGAAGUAUGAAGGACUUGAAAUUAAUUAAUGAUGCUGAUUUUGAGCUCUUCAACGACGCACUUAAGUUUUCAAAUAAAGCAAUGAAAUGA